CGUUGGCCCCGGGGAGCUGCCCCGGGCUGGGCGUCGCUCGGCCGCAAACAGGCCUCCCGGCGCCCCAGUUCUGCCGCCCCGCCGCCUGCUUUCGAGUAGGUGGUUGCCCUGCCCCGGGAGCUGGGCUUGGAGGCGGUCACUCAAGGGGCAGCGGGGUCUGGGAGGCCCUGAGCCUUGGUUCUAAUAUCGGCCUUGUCAGUUGCUGGCUGUGGAACCUUGGGUCUCUUCGGGCUGCCUGUUUUUCAAUACGUCAAAUGCAUACAAGUGGAACCGUGAUGCAAGUCAGUCAAGAAGACUUUGAAAAGGCCAAAGAUCAAGUAAAGCUCUUGAAGAAGGAUCCUGGAAGUGAAGUAAAACUGAAACUCUAUGCAUUGUUUAAACAGGCUACCGAAGGGUCCUGCAAUACUCCAAAGCCAGGAAUGCUUGACUUCGUCAACAAGGCCAAAUGGGAUGCCUGGCACGCUCUUGGCAGCUUGCCCAAGGAGAAUGCCAGGCAAAAUUAUGUUGAUUUAGUAACCAGUCUGGUGUCUUCAGAGGCCCCGCACCAGGCGAAGCAACCAUCCGGAGGUGAACAUCAGCAGUAUGAGACUUUAAAGGUCACCAGCGAAGACAAUAUCACCAAGAUCAUUUUAAACCGCCCUGAGAGGAAAAACGCUAUCAACACUCGGAUGUAUGAAGAACUAAUGUUAGCCAUUGAAGCUGCAGGCAAGGAUGACUCAGCCAUUGCUGUUUUAACAGGAAGUGGUGACUACUACAGCAGUGGGAAUGACCUGAAUAACUUUAUGAACGUUUCACCGGACGGAGUUGAGCAGAAGGCCAAAGACAGCGCUGUCCUGCUCAAGAAUUUUGUGAGCCAUUUUAUCAAUUUUCCGAAGCCACUGAUUGCAGUGGUGAAUGGUCCAGCCGUGGGAAUCCCUGUUACCCUUCUGGGGCUGUUUGACAUCGUCUAUGCCACUGACAGGGCCACAUUUCACACCCCAUUUAGCGCCCUAGGCCAGAGUCCAGAAGGAUGCUCUUCCUACACUUUUCCUAAGAUCAUGGGCUCAGCCAAGGCGAAAGAAAUGCUGAUUUUCGGCAAGAAGUUGACCGCCCAGGAAGCAUGGGCUAACGGACUUGUAACGGAAGUGUUUCCUGACAGCACUUUUGAGGAAGAGGUCUGGGCCAGGCUGAAGGGCUUCGCCAGCCUCCCCAGAAACGCCAUGAGAAUUUCCAAACAGUUGAUGCGAAAUGUGGACAAAGAGAAGCUUCACGCUGUUAAUAUCCAAGAGUGCCAGACCCUUGAGAAAAGAUGGCUGUCAGAUGAAUGCAUGAAUGCAAUUAUGAACUUCUUCUCAAAAAGCUCAAAACUCUAACUUUUGGUGUAACGAAUAUGAAACCUUCUAGAAACUACAGUUGGUUGCUCCUGUUGGUAAAUCCCAGUGGUCCUUUUGUCAGUGUCACAAAUUUAUUACAGCUACUGUAUUAACUCUGGACCCAGAUAAAUAAUUAUCUAACAGCCUUUAAA